AAAUAUAACCGAUGGACGAAGCGUGUUUCUGUCGCUCAACAGAAAAAGGGAAACCGUUCUGAAUGCCCAUAGCGUUCCGUCGCGUCGCGUCGCUGCAGAGCAGAUGAGGCGAGUCCAAGCAUUAUGAGUGUGUGUGUGUGUGUGUGUGUGUGUGUGUGUGGCGUAUACAGUGACACUCAAACACACCUGUCAUUCCCACACACGGAAGAGAGCGCGAUACGCGAUGAAGCAUGUCGUGACAGCAAGCGCUCGAGCUUAUCGUUCCACGCAUCUGUAAACGUUGCGUUCGAUCGCUUCACGACAUCCCGCGUCGCGUUCAUUCCACAGCGAAGAUGAGAGCUGUGUGGCGUUUCGUCUGCGCAGCUUUCAUGCUCUCGCCGGUUUGGUGUGAGUCUCCUGAUUCUGAUGGAGACUUUGUGCAGUUUGGACAUGCUCCUGACGGAGUCAUUGACAAAUGUGAUGUAGAGGUGCAGUAUAAUUGCUCUGCUGCCUGUCGAAUCGGGGUAGAAAUAGUUAUAACUACCCCAAGAAGGACAGGCGUGGUCGUCUACAGAAGGACUUGGGCUAACCGUGAGAAUUUUGGAAAACCCAGAUCCAGAACGUUUAAUCUAGUGUUUCCACCAGCGGUGCUGUACAGGAGAGACUUUUUUGUCAGGCGACCACUGGAGACGUGCAGUGUGGUGCUGAGGGCCUGGACGGUUCAUCUAGUUGAAAAGGAAAUCGGUGGCAACCGUGAAAAAGGAUACGAGCAAUCUCUUGUGAGAACUUCUACGUCUUUGAGGACGCUUCCACUCGCUGAGCGUCCAGCAUACCCCCAGACAAGUUCGGUCUCAUGGGGCGCGUGGCUGAUGUGGCAGCUGACCAAAGAUACCGUGAGAAAAUGUCCACAAGAAUCAGACAUUGUGGAUAUCCUGACCUUUCCAUUCGCAAGCACUGGUGAGAGGUUUGGUGUCAUACACACGUUCUCACCCUUUAGAAACAGAGAUCUAGAAUGGAGACGUAUCCUCGCUUUCAAACAACCAAGGGUGACUCUGUCCGUGUGGCUGUACUUGCUGAGCAGGUGCAGCCAGUCAGUGUGUGGCAUUGUCAAGCAUGUUAAUGAACACAGGAGCUAUGGGAGUCCACUUAUUAUGCUGUCUGAUACAGGUGAUAUAGUGGUGCAGGUGCAAAUGGCGGAUGGAGAGGAGCAGGCAUUUACCGCGCACGCUGCUUUACCCCUACAUACCUGGAUCCGUCUGGACAUCUUCUUUCAGCUGUCAAAGGCAAAACUCACAAUUACAAAGACGUUACCCGGAGAAGAGACUUUGGAGACCACUCAUUUUUUUGAUUUUCGGCAGGCCAUUCAAUUCAAUGACACGUCAGGAUAUUUCGUGAUUGGUGGAUGCAGCUACAUGCAGGGCUUUCAUGGCUAUAUCGGACCAAUCAGAUACUCUCGUUUAGGCUCAGAAAACGUGACAAACCCCCUGUCCCCCGCGAGGACGCUAAAGAAGCUAGACAGAGUCCACAGACACUGUGAGGAAAUGAGACAUGUUACUGAAGACUAUCUGCAAGCUUUGAGACAGAACCGAGACAUCUCUAGAGAAGUUUGUGAGUCUUAUUAUGGCGGCCUUAAGAGGAAGUUUGGUCAUAGGGAAUGUACACAAACCUGGUCGUGGGACCAGCAAAGGAGAUUCAACCUUACCCUGAGGCUUUUAGAAGAACACCACGAUCUCAUAAAAGGUCUGGGCAACAGCAGCACACAGUUACUAGGUCGAGUGAUUUUCCAGGAUGCUGUGAAGACGAUAUCUAAAGCAGAGGAAUCUGAUGGCAGCCUGGAUGUCAUGUCCAGUGUUAUUGAGCAGCUUCGGGUGUCCUCCUGCUGGGGUCACCAGCACUCCUCUCUCCUGCUCGCCACCCUGCUCCUGGCUGGCCUGGGCGUCCCGAUGGACCUGGAACAGGGUCAUGUGUAUAGUUUGAUAGGAGGCGUCUCCGAUGACCGUCUCGCUCUGAUGCAUUUGGGAUACAAGCACAUGCAGGGUCUGGACGGUUUCCCUAAAGACCAGAACACAGCAUACGGCUACUACGCCAACAUCGGCAAACAGACCAGCAUUGACCGCGAUAAAGUACAAGACUCUUGGCAAACUCUUACAGAACACAUUCAUUUAAACAAUGACGACGAGCUCCACACGCAAACGGGCGAGCUGGGCGACAUUGCGCAGUAUUUGAAACACCAGGCUGACAGAGGAGAUGUAGAGUCUCAGAAAUCUCUGGCCAGGAUGCUUCUGUGGGGCAGUAACGGGAUGAAGAAAGACAUCCGAGCAGCAGUCAUGUGGUACGCCAGAAGCGCCCAGCAGAUGGUCGAUCCCAUCGCCAUGUACGACUACGCCAUUCUCCUCCUGAAGGGCAUAGGAGUGAAGAAGAACCGGACGUUUGGUCUCGAGCUUCUGAAGAAAGCCGCCGACAUGGGUUCGGUAGAAGCUCUGAAUGGCCUCGGAUGGUACUACAGUACCAUAGUCAAGGACGGAAGAAAGGCCUUUCGAUACUUUGAGCUGGCGGCUCAGAACGGCAGUCGUGAUGGACUCUUCAAUUUGGGCAUCUACCAUUUAAAUGGUGACAAUCCUGACAAACCAGAAAAGAAUGAGACCGCUGCGUUCUACUACUUCUUGGAUGCGGCUGAGUUGGGUCACAUGGACGGCGCCGUGCAGUCAGCGUUGUUUCUCUCCACUGGAUCUACACAAGGAGUGCCGAGAGAGCCAAAUAAAGCUGUGCUGCUGUUGAAGCAAGUCAGUGAGAUGAAUGGACACCUGGGUUUCAUGGUUAAAGAAGCACUUCAGACUUAUCAAGGAGGAUCAUGGAAUGAAGCGUUGGUGAAAUAUGCCAUGCUAGCAGAAACUGGUCUGGGUGUGGCACAGCACAACGCCGCCCAUCUGUGUGAGCUGUUAUAUCACGGUUCUGCCUGUCAGUGGAGGUACCACAACUACUCCACCUACAACCACAUCCCUCAGGAAGCUGGCUUAUUGCGGAUGGGAGAUUAUUACAGUGAACUAGCUGAUAUGGUGAAGGCCAUAGACAUGUACAGUACUGCAGCAGUGCAUGGCAGCGCUCAGGGCCUCUUUAAUCUGGCCACAUUAAUUGAAGACGGUUAUGAAGUUCCUGACAUUAUUCGGGAUCAGAUGGGACUCUCAGAUGCACACAGUGUGAGCCGGAGCGAUGUGGUGGCAGAUCUAAUAUCCAGGUGCUGGGAGUUGGAGGAGGGAGACGUGACCCCGUGUUCUCUAGUGCUCUGGAGGAUGGAGCUGAGGAGAGCGUGGAGAGACUUCACACACAGCUCUGUUCAUCUGCCUCUGGCCUGCGGGAUCUUCGCCGCGCUCGCAGCCUUUGCAUUCGCUGUGCUGUUACGAACCCUUCUGGGUCGCUCUGCGCUUUACCUGUCCACUAGUCAGUCACCAGACAGACACGGGACACCUGAAGCUGAGGGCCCGGAACAGGAACUCAUCGCCAUUCGGCGCAGGAAGCGUCUGAUUUAAUCGUGACAGUGACUGGAGUCUGCGCAUGCGUGCUCUUCGUCACGUUCAUUUCCCAUCUGCUUUGAAAAGAGCGUAAGACUAUGCGUCCGUCAAGAGCUCGCUUUAUCUCAGCGUACUGCAGGAGAACUGAACCAGUGUAAAUACACCUUAAGGCAGUGUUCACACCUGGCGUUUUUUCUGACACGAAAGUGUUUUUUAUGGAAAAUAAUACGCUGUUACAAAAAAGCAGCCGAGAGCGUUUGUUGCUAUAGCAACGGCAGCCUAGCGCGGCGUGCGGCAGAAAUGUCGUGAAAGCGUGGAAAGUUGUAGUUUUUUUCAGCCCGAAAAGACUCUCUUAGCUGCAUAAAAAAAGUCCAGCGGAUUCGUUUUAAAAAGCGCUGAUUACUUUUUGAAGACACGUUAACUUCCUAGGACUCUUAAUUCAGAAAAGACGCUAAGUGUGAACGUAGCCUUCGGAUGAAUUCAUGAACAAAGUGGCCGGUAACCUGUGUUGAUUCAUCUACUUUUUCUAGGUGAAAUAAAGUUUGAACACUGGAA